GAAUUGGAAAUUGAGAGCAAAAGUGACCACGAUAAAAUCCCCAGGGAGGAGAAGCCACGUAAAAAUUUGGAGUGUGGAGAAAGCUGCAGUCAGAGAUCCCAUUCCACUUCCCAUCAACAAAGUCUCAUUGGAAAGAAACUCUAUCAGUGCAUGGAAUGUGGAAAAAGCUUCAGGAAGAGCUCCGAUCUCACUUCCCAUCGCAGAAUUCAUACAGGGGAGAAACCCUAUAAGUGCGUGGAAUGUGGAAAGAGCUUCAGGAAUAGCUCCCAUCUCACUUCCCAUCAAAUAAUUCAUACAGGGGAAAAACCCUAUCAGUGUGUGGAAUGUGGAAAGAGCUUCACAGAUAGUUCCUCUCUCAUUUCCCAUCAAAGAAUUCAUACAGGGGAGAAACCCUAUCAGUGUGUGGAAUGUGGAAAGAGCUUCAGGAAGAGCUCCUCUCUCACUUCCCAUCACAGAAUUCAUACAGGGGAGAAACCCUAUCAGUGUGUGGAAUGUGGAAAGAGCUUCAGUCAGAGUGCCAAUCUUACUUCCCAUCAAAGAAUUCAUACAGGGGAGAAACCCUAUCAGUGUGUGGAAUGUGGAAAGAGCUUCAGUCAGAGUGCCAAUCUCACUAAGCAUCAGAGAAUUCAUACAGGGGAGAAACCCUAUCAGUGUGUCAAAUGUGGAAAGAGCUUCACUGAAAGCUCCUCUCUCACUUUCCAUCAAAUAAUUCAUACAGGGGAGAAACCCUAUCAGUGUGUGGAAUGUGGAAAGAACUUCAGGAAGAGUUCCCAUCUCACUAAGCAUCAGAGAAUUCAUACAGGGGAGAAACCCUAUCAGUGUGUGGAAUGUGGAAAGAGCUUCACUGAAAGCUCCUCUCUCACUUCCCAUCAAAGAAUUCAUACAGGGGAGAAACCCUAUCAGUGUGUGGAAUGUGGAAAGAGCUUCAGUCAGAGCUCCUCUCUCACUUCCCAUCAAAUAAUUCAUACAGGGGAGAAACCCUAUCAGUGCAUGGAAUGUGGAAAGAGCUUCACUCACAACCACAGUCUCACUUUCCAUCAAAGAAUUCAUACAGGGGAGAAACCCUAUCAGUGUGUGGAAUGUGGAAAGAGCUUCAGGAAGAGCUCCUCCCUUACUUCCCAUCAAAGAAUUCAUACAGGGGAGAAACCCUAUCAGUGUGUGGAAUGUGGAAAAACCUUCUCUCACAGCCACAGUCUCACUUCCCAUCAAAGAAUUCAUACAGGGGAGAAACCCUAUCAGUGUGUGGAAUGUGGAAAGACCUACACAUGUAGCUCCUCUCUCACUUCCCAUCGCAGAAUUCAUACAGGGGAGAAACCCUAUCAGUGCGUGGAAUGUGGAAAGAGCUUCACUCACAGCCACAAUCUCACUUCCCAUCAAAGAAUUCAUACAGGGGAGAAACCCUAUCAGUGUGUGGAAUGUGGAAAGAGCUUCAGUCAGAGUGCCAAUCUUACUUUCCAUCAAAGAAUUCAUACAGGGGAGAAACCCUAUCAGUGUGUGGAAUGUGGAAAGAGCUUCAGUCAGAGCUCCUCUCUCACUUUCCAUCAAAUAAUUCAUACAGGGGAGAAACCCUAUCAGUGUGUGGAAUGUGGAAAGAACUUCAGGAAGAGUUCCAAUCUUACUAAGCAUCAGAGAAUUCAUACAGGGGAGAAACCCUAUCAGUGUGUGGAAUGUGGAAAGACCUUCACAUGUAGCUCCUCUCUCACUUCACAUCGCAGAAUUCAUACAGGGGAGAAACCCUAUCAGUGUGUGGAAUGUGGAAAGAGCUUCACGCAUAGCUCCUCUCUCACUUCCCAUCAAAGAAUUCAUACAGGGGAGAAACCCUAUCAGUGUGUGGAAUGUGGAAAGAGCUUCACUCACAGCCACAAUCUCACUUCCCAUCAAAGAAUGCAUACAAUGGUCAGAAAAACCAUUAUACAGCUUUAGGAGCCAGGCGAAUCCGCACCUUUUUAACCAGGCUUUUGGCUA